AUGUCUCGCUUUGUUCGGGCCUCAAAAUAUCGCCACGUCUUCGGGCAACCAGCGAAGAAGGAACACGGAAUAGAGAACGUUAAAGUCACCAAUAGUGCCUGGGACACCAACAUUAUCUCCGCCUCUGCGGAAUACAUCAGCGUGAACUGGAACGCGUCAGGAGGAGGUGCCUUCGCCAUCUUACCUUUGCCCUCACCUUUCCAAGCUGUCCCUGGACUACCCUACAAGCUACCCGAAACCAUUCCCUUAGCGCGUAGCCACACUGCUGCGGUUCUUGAUACCGACUGGUCUCCCCACCACGACUCCAUCGUGGCAUCAGGAGGUGAAGAUGGAAAGGUCAUGAUCUGGAAGGUUGAGCCCUCGCUCUUCGAAGGCUGGGGUCAGGAAGGAUGGGUUGCUCAAGACUUCGACCCCGUACUUCGUAUCGAUGCCUCUCCUCGUAAAGUCGGGCAGGUAUUAUUCCACCCUACUGCCGAAAAUGUCGUAGCAAGUUCGUCAGGAGAAUACACUGUCAAGCUGUGGGAUCUUGCCAACCCCGAAGACCCUCGAGCAGUCCUCACUGGCCAUGGAGAUAUUGUGCAGAGCAUGUCGUUUAACGCCACUGGCACACUCCUCGCAACCACUUCCAGGGACAAGAAGUUGCGUCUGUUUGACCCUCGUGUGGGAGGAGACCCGGUCAGGACAAACGAUGGACACACUGGUAUCAAAGGUUCGCGUGUUGCAUGGAUGGGUGAGCACGACAAAAUUGCAACGACCGGCUUCAGUAAGAUGUCGGAUCGUCAGGUCGCCAUUUGGGAGACUGGAGGAUUGGGCAAUGUCAAGACAAUCUCAUUGGAUCAGUCUGCUGGUGUCGUGAUGCCAUUCUGGACCGAUAACAAUAUUCUCUUCCUUGCUGGAAAGGGAGACGGUAACAUCCGUUACUAUGAAUAUGAGUCCGACUCAUUAUUUGCUCUUUCUGAACAUAAAUCCUCCGAGCCUCAGCGCGGAAUGUGCUUCCUCCCCAGGCGAUCCCUGAACGUCGCGGAGUGCGAAAUUGCUCGCGCUUAUAAAGUUCACGGAUCGUCAAUUGAACCUAUUGCCUUCAUUGUUCCACGAAAGGCCGAUUCUUUCCAAUCAGACAUCUACCCACCAGCACCCUCAAUCGAGCCAUCACUCUCUGCUUCCGAAUUCUUCAACGGAAAAGUAGCGCCUCGCAAGCUUGUCAACCUCGCAGACGGAUCGACCAUCUCCGGACCUAAACCAAGCAGUGUUCCUACUGCCGCUCCCGUCCAGUCUCCCAUCCAACCCACGCGCACUUUCAGCGCUGCGGCACCAUCCCCGGCGCCUUUGGCCGUUCCACCCCCAUCGGCGGUACCCGCUGCAGAACCUUCCCCAGUAUCAGCCGCACCUGCACAGAAGAGCUGGGCACCAUCUCCUUCCCCUGCUAUCGAGUCCAGGACCCCUUCACGAUCUCAAACAAGUGAUUCCAAAGAUAGCUUCCUCGCGUCCGAGAAUGCGCGUCUAGAAGGCGAGCUGCGCGAGGCACGCGAAAAAAUCAGGAACUUAGAGCUUCAAGUCGAGUCUAUUCGUGCCAACGCCAGAAAGGCUGCUCAGGCUCUAUUGGACCAAUAA